AUGUUUCGUAUAGCUUUUAUUUUAACAUUAUCUUUUACUAUUGAUGCAAUUUCUAUCGGUAAAAUAAAUAAUUAUAUAAUGAUUGGUACUAUGAACGAAUCAUUAUCGAACAUAAAUCAAGAUCAAUGUAUAUGUGAAAUGAUAAAAUCAAAUGAAUUAAUAUCGGCAUUAAAUUAUUUUCCAACAAAUCAAACUUGUCAACUAUAUUUUUCGAAUAUGAGUUCAAUUAUAAUUGAAUAUUAUUCAAAUUCUGUUUUCAUAUUUAUGAAUCAAUCAUUAAUAUCAAUAAUUAAUAAACCGAUCAUAUCAACAUCAAGUACCUCAUCAAUAUCAACCACUUCAUCAACUUCAUCAUCAUCAUCAUCAACUAGCUCAUCUACUACUUCGUCAACGUCAUCAUCAACAACAACAACAGUUACAAAUAUAUGGUCAGUAACUGGUACAUUAAACGUUGGACGAUAUCUUCAUACAUCAACCCUAUUAACAAAUACGAAAGUAUUAGUCAGUGGUGGAUUCAACGGAACUAUUGCAAUAAGCAGUGCCGAAUUAUACGAUGUAUCGACUAGUAAGUGGACAUUAACUGGCAAUUUAAACCAGGCACGAUAUGAUCAUCAAGCAUCCAUAUUAACAAAUGGAAUGGUCUUGAUUAGUGGUGGGAACAUUGGUAGCAGCACUUGUUUAAAUAGUGCUGAGUUAUAUAAUUCAUCGACUGGAAAUUGGACAUUGACUAGUCAAACAAUGACAUCUUCUCGAUGUAUGCAUACAUCAACCGUACUACUAAAUGGGAAUGUAUUACUUGCUGGUGGAUAUAAUGGUUAUACUAUAUUAAAUACUGCCGAGUUAUAUCAACUAUCGACUGGAACAUGGGCAUCCACUAACGCAUUAAAUGGUGCUCGAGCUAAUCAUGCAGCAUCUUUGUUAACAAAUGGGAACGUGUUGGUUAGUGGUGGAUAUAGUACUGUGAUUUUUAUUUUGUUCACUAACAACGUUGUAUUAAAUAGUGCUGAAUUAUACAAUUCGUCGAGUGGAUCUUGGACAGUAACUGGAAGCUUAAAUGUUGCACGACAGUAUCAUACAGCAUCCGUGCUAUUAAAUGGUAUGGUGUUAGUGAGUGGUGGACAGGAUGGGAAUAGCAAUCCAUUAAAUAGUGCUGAAUUGUAUGAUCCAACGACUGGAACAUGGGCGUUAACUGGUAAUAUGAGCACUGCACGCAUGUAUCAUACAGCAACGGUAUUAUUAAGUGGAAAUGUAUUAAUUAGUGGUGGAUAUGGUUCUAAUGGCACAUUAAAGACCGCUGAAGUGUAUAUUGUAUCGAACAGAACUUGGACAUUUACUAGUAACUUAACUAAUCGACGAUAUCAACAUGCAGCAUCUCUUUUAAUAGAUGGAAGAGUAUUAGUUAAUGGUGGAAUCAAUUCUGCGGCUAUACUAAAUACAGAAUUAUAUCAUGGGACUUAA